CUCACAUUCCCUAUGCGCACAGAUAUAUAGCAUUUAUCUCUAUAUAUAUGUUCACCUUGCAGCCUGUGGCAGUCCGAGGUGAGGAGAGGUGCCUGCUCUCUUCGUUCUUGAGUUGACUACAGAGAUCAAGCAUGCUCCAACCCUACCCCUAUACCCAUGGACCAAUGGGCUUAUCCCGCUCCUCCCUGGGGUGAUGUCACACUCACACUCACCUAGCCUAGACUUGAUGGAUCCCACGGUGCUGGAUUACUAAACCCCGCAAGCUAAGAUGGCCAUCGACACAAUGCCCUUAGCAUCCCUAAUUCCCAUGACCUGGGCCACACAGAAAGACCGCAUAGCCAUGUCAUUUAAGCACUUCCGGAGGCAAUUCUGGAAUAGAACCCAGCAGCAGAUUAAAAAGCCUGUCACUACAGCUUUGACCGAACCUGGCCCCUCACGGAACACCGCCAAGUCAAGACAUGCUGGGCGAAAAAGCUCAGAAGCCGUCAGCCUGAUCCUGCUGCUCCCUGUGGCCUUCAUAGACCACAGAUCCUCAUGGGAAGCCACCUUCGGCGUCACACACUCCCUCGGAUGGCCCUCAUUCACCGCGAGCUGAAGCCUGGCAAUGGGCCCAUGGAUAAAGUCCUGCCAGCAACCACACAAGACACUUAUGGGACUGGUGCAAAGAAUUGUAUUUUUAAGCAGGGCUGGUGGGGUCCUAUAACAAGGGACUCUUGUAAAUUCUCUAGCCAGGUCCAGGUGUACUCAUUGCAGGGCAUAGGUUUAGCGGAGGGAUAGCCGUGGGCAACCUCUUACAUUCAUAGAUGGGGGUUAUCUGUUAGUUUUUAUUUGUUUGGGUUUUUAUAUCGUUUGUUGUCACACUCACUUCUAAGAGAGAUGUCAGUUAAUAUAGCGUGACUCCUUUCUUGUGUUUAUGCUCUGACAUUCUAUUAUUGCAUCAAUUCAGCAAAUAUUUAUUGAGUACUACAUUGAGUCAGCUUCCACUCUACCUUCCCUUCCACCUUCCACUCUAACAAAAAACAGU